ACACAUUUACUUGAAGAUAUAAACAAGGACCAAUGCUUUACUAAGAAAUAUAGCUAAUCAGUUAAGCCAAGUUGAAAAAUUGGUGCUUUUGCAAUGGCAGUGGCUCUUUCUGUAGAGAUGCUUUUGUUCUCUUUGUUUUUGCUACCAAUUUCUGUGAUUUCCCAAAAUAAUGGAAGAGUAGCAGUUGGGAGUUCUCUAACUGCAACUAUAGGCGACUCCUCAUCAUGGCUUUCUCCAUCCGGUGAUUUCGAGUUUGGAUUUUCGCCCCUCGGAAACAAUGAUCUUUUCUUGCUUUCGAUAUGGUAUGCGAAUAUCCCAGACAAAACCGUGGUUUGGUAUGCAUACGACGGUAACAACCCCAUGGUUGCACCUAGGGGAUCAGUUCUGAACUUGACUGCCAACAGUGGACUAGUUCUUAACAAUCCUCAGGGUGGAGAGAUAUGGAAAUCCGAAAUAACCUUGGGGACUGUUGCGAACGGGGUCAUGAAUGACACCGGAAACUUUGUCCUUCAACACCAAAACUCGGGGAGCUUGUGGGAGACCUUCAGCAAUCCUACAGACACCGUUUUGCCUGGACAGACAAUUGAGAGAAAUGGGAAGCUUUCGUGUAGACAAUCGGAGACUAACUACACAAAAGGGCGGUUCCAGCUGCGCUUGCAAGAUGAUGGAAACCUCGUGCUCAUUUCCGUCAACUUGACAACAGAUAAGGCCAAGAAAGCUUACUUCUCCACGAAGACCACCGCAGGGAACGUGCCAGGUAGUCAAGGCAAAGAAUUGGUGUUCAGCAGCUCAGGGGACAUGUCUGUUCUGAGAGAAAAUGAUGGAAGAGUCCCUCUUAAGGGGACAGAGGGAGUGUCGGUGAGGGACAACUACAUAAGGGCAACUCUUGAUUUUGAUGGGAUUUUCGCUUUAUAUUCUCACCCGAAAUACUUCACUGGAAAUGCAAGCUGGAUUAGUCCUCUGGUGUAUAUGCCGGAUGAUAUUUGCCUACGACUGGGCGUUGGUGUUUGCGGUUACAACAGUACCUGUAAGCUCAAACCAGAUAAAAGGCCAACCUGCGAAUGCCCAAAAGGGUUUUCUUUUCUUGAUCCGAAGGAUAUAUACCGAGGCUGCAAACCCGAUUUAAGCCGGAAAUCUGUGACACGCGUGGAAUCAGUAUUAUUAGCAGAUAAAUGGGUUUGGAUUGGCAUUUCUAUAGCUGCUGCUCUAGUGCUUUGCACCGCGUACUAUCUACUCCAACGAAGAAGAUCAGCCCUUGCAUCAGCUGGUGAGAACCGGACAACGAUUGAGAACGAAAUGAUUAUCUUCAUGAAAUCUAAGCGACAUCAUGAUUUUAGCGUUUUUAGCUAUUCAUCCAUCGUGGCUGCCACAAGCAACUUUGCUGAAGAAAACAAGCUAGGACAAGGAGGGUUUGGACCGGUUUAAGGUAACAUUUUGAAAAAAAAAAAUUUCUGCUUCUAAUUCAAAAGCUGU